CCUUGCCCAGCUGGCUGACUAUGCCUUUCAUGUUGGACUACUGCUUUAUGACUUCGUACUGCAUAGGAGGACAGAGCAAUUCUUAUUCAAGUGAUAUUGCAGAAUAGUGUUAGAAAGACCAACAGUCACCCAAGGAUGUCUUUGCAUGGAAUAAACUAAAGACGGGCUCCACUCCGCUGGCACUACGAGGACAGGAGGAGUGGCGAAGAAGCAUUUUAAAGGGGGCAGCAUUUGGUGAAAGACAGACCCUGGUAUAGAAGACUGCACACCAUGAACUGGAAGGUUAUCACAUAGCAGUUUGCUCCGACACUGAAAGAAAUCCUUCCAGACCGUAUUUGCUGGACAUGUUACAUUCGUCACUAGGGUGCCUGGCAUUUCAUACUUUGCUUCGAAAAGAAAAAAAAAAUCAAGAGGCAUAACUAAUUAGGAGGCUUGUAUACGGAGAGGGGUCACCGCAUUGUUGAAGUAAAUACAAAAGGAGAAAAACACAAAUCUGGCAUUGCUGAGAAAAUGUUGUUGACUAUGAAGGGCUGCGUGGAAGAAGCAGAGCGUCCUUCAUGCACACAGCUGCAUGGGGUGAAAGACAAGUGACAUGUAGCCUAUGGACAGCAAGCACAAGAAGAGGAGAUUAUGUUCCUUCUAUUAACUGUUUUUUGGCCAUUAUUCCUUUUUACUGCUUUCCUUCGCACCCAAGGGAUACAGCAAUGGGAUUGUCAAGAAGGUUAUCGUCAUUUGGGUAACGGACAGACCACCUGCAAUGCUCAAAUGCCGUUCCUGUUGUUUAGUCAUGGAAAUAGAAUUUUCAGCAUUGACAGUGAUGGGGCCAAUUUCAGAACAGUAGUACGUAACACAGGGUCUUUAGCCUCUCUAGAUUUUGAUCAUCAAGAACAAAGAGUCUACUGGCUUGACCUCAACAGAGGUUUUCUUCAAAGAGUUUUCUUGAAUGGGACUAAACGUGAGAGAAUGCGCGCUGUAGUGCAGGGAGCCACACUAUUUACAGUGGACUGGAAACACAAAAUGAUCUUUUGGACUAACCAGAACAAGGGAACCAUAGAAUGGACCAGCUUGAGUGGGAAGAAAUCUCGAACCCUUUUGAGAGGUUUAGUUCAUCCCACCUUCAUUUCUGUUGAUCCUGUGGAGGGAUUCCUGUUCUGGACAUCGGGGAGUUCAGUUUCUGUCAUUGAAAGAUCCAGUUUGAAUGGAAGUAAUGUGACGUCUGUUAUUGUAAUGAAAGGGGAACUGAAAGCCCUAGCACUGGACAGACAAGACAAAAGGAUCUACUGGGUCAGUUCUGAAGUAGAUGCUGCAGUAUCAAGCCUUGGCACAUGCACUUACCACGGGGAGUCUGUAACUGUAAUUAAAUAUUUAAACAUGGCUUCAAGACAAAGUAAUGUUGGGCUUUCAGUUUUUUACGAUCACAUCUACUACUCAGAAAGGAAAUCUGCUUCCAUCAGGAAAAUUCAUAAGUAUACAGGAAAAAAUUCCACUACGAUUGACCUAAAACCAUACAUUGUGGACGUCAUCGACAUGAAAGUAUUUGCUCAGCCGCCACAUACCAGUGAAGCUACUUACUUACAAAAAUCUGAGCCUGAUCCUUGCACUAAGGGAAAUGAAUCUUGUACGGAAACAUGUCAAAUUGAUGCAGCAAACCAACACUGUAAAUGCUUAGAAGGGUUUCAACUUUCUUUUGAUGGAAGACACUGUGAAGAUAUAAAUGAAUGUGCUCUUUGGACCCAUGGCUGCACUCUUGGCUGUGAAAAUGUUCCAGGUUCCUAUUUUUGUACUUGUCCAGGGGGUUAUGUACUUCUUCCAGACAACAAGUCAUGCCACGAUGUGACACCUUGCUUACAAGAAAAUAGAAACUGCAGUCAUGGCUGUGUACAGACAGCUGGAGGACCUAUAUGCUACUGCCCAGAAGGAUCAGUGCUUGCUAGUGAUGGGAAAACAUGUACAGGCUGCUCAUCUCCUGACAACGGUGGAUGUAGCCAGAUAUGCAGGAGGACUAGAAGAGCAGAAUGGGAGUGUGACUGUUUUCCCGAGUAUACUCUGCAAUGGGAUAAGAAGCGUUGCCUUGCUUCAGGUCCUCGGCCAUUUCUACUGUUUACAAAUGUACAAGACAUCCGGAGAAUGAACUUUGAUGGGACAGACUAUGACAGUCUACUGGAUACACAAAUGGGGAGAGUCUUAGCACUGGACCAUGACCCUAAGGAAAAUAGGAUUUACUUUGCACACACAGCUCUGAAGUGCAUAGAAAGUGCAAAGAUGGAUGGCAGCAGUCGAAAAAAAGUGAUUACAGAAGAUAUAGACACACCAGAGGGACUUACGAUUGAUGCCAUAAACAGGAAGCUGUACUGGACUGACAGAGGAAAAUCCUGCAUUGAAAGGAGUGACUUGAAUGGAGAAAACAGAGAAAAAAUUAUCCAUGAACGUUUGCAUCAGCCAAGAGGAAUUUGUGUACAUUCACAGGCUGGGAGACUGUUUUGGACAGAUAUAGGAUCUGCUCCUCAAAUAGGAAGCUCCAGUCUUGAAGGAAUGGAGAGGAGAGUUGUGAUUAAUACCAACCUGAUGUGGCCUAGUGGAAUCACUGUGGACACCCUCACUGAUAAGCUAUAUUGGUGUGAUGCCAAGAGAUCUGUCGUUGAAUCUUCGGAUCUGGAUGGCUCCAAUCGUCACAGCCUAUCCCAUGAUGUAGGCCAUCCAUUUGGUAUAGCUGCAUUCGAGGACCACAUAUGGUUGACUGACUGGUUGCAUCCAUCAAUAAUAAGAAUGCAUAGGAAGAACACACACAGCUGGACACGUCUCCGGGGGAAUAUGCAAAGACCUUCAGCUCUUGUGGUUGUGCAUCCAUUGGCCAAGCUAGCAAUUGCAGAUGAUAUUUCAUACCCUAGAAAAGACAUAGCUGCUAGCAACGGAACUGUACUUAACCAGUCCUUCCCUCACGGUCCUCUAAGUACCAUCUUUUAUGGGAACGUUACGAAAGAGGAUACCCAUGGCAGCAAUGAGUUAGUUGCCGAAAUACUUUUAGCAGAUGAGAGUGGCUGUGGGGGCAGUCCAUGUGAUAUCAAUGCUUACUGUGUGCCAUCAGAAGAUGGACCAAGAUGCCAGUGCUUGGAAGGCUAUACUGGGAACGGCAAGUCAUGUAAUGAUAUUGAUGAAUGCUUGUCACACUUUGAUACCUGUGAACCACACAACGCAGAAUGUAUCAAUAUGGAGGGUGGUUAUAUAUGUCGAUGCAUAGAUGGUUUUAAUGGAAAUGGCCUUCAGUGCACAGAUAUUGAUGAAUGCACGCUGGGCACUCACGGAUGUGGAGAUGAGUUCCUCUGCUCAAACACUCCGGGGAAUUACACCUGCACAUGUAGUAAUGGGAUUCCUGGAACUACAGCUAACUGCCCGGGUAGCGGCUAUGUACAGGAUUGCCCUCAGUUCUAUGAUGACUACUGCUAUAAUGAGGGCAUAUGCAUAUAUUUACCAGCAGUAGAAGAAUACGGAUGCAUCUGUGUGAACGGAUAUUUGGGAGAACGAUGCCAGUUUAAUGACCUGAAGUGGUGGGAGCCACGAUCAACUCAGAUGAGGAUUCGCAGUGUUACCAUCGCUGUGUCAUUGGUUGUCCUCUUCCUAACUGUGGGCCUUGGGUCUUUUGUAAUAUACUAUUACAGGCAUCAGCUCAUACAAAGCAGAAGCAUUGACGGGCGCCACAUCGAGCCAUAUUAGCAACAUGCAGAAGCCAGCCCGAGUGGCCAGCAAGACUGUGAAAUCGGAGAA